AUGAAGUUCUCACUCUAUAUCCUCAGUCUGCUGCUGCAGAUUGCUCUGCAGCUAGCGGCAGCAAAUCCCGUUGCGCACCCGGAACCCGACUCCCCUUCUCUGGAAAAAAGACAGGGGACCCUUUCCCUUGAUACCAGCUUGACUGGACUGACUAGCAUCGCGGGUCCGACUAUCACUUCCCCGUCUACCGGACAGGGCGCGAGUAGCACUGCUUCGCCUACUUCCAGCUCGCCUACUUCCAGCUCGCCUGGCCUGACUAGCACCGCGAGCAUGACUGGCUCGUCCUCUACCGUGCGAAGCACGAGUGGUACUUCUACUCCUCCUCCCAGCUCGUCUGGCACGAAGAGCAGUUCUUCUUCUGUUUCACGCACCUCUGGCACGGUUAGCAUCCCUAGUGUGAGCCCCACUCCUCUCCCGCAUGUCCCCUCCGGCCCUCCUACCAUCAUUGUCAAUAUCGCUAUUGCCAUCGCCAUCUCCGGUGGCAGUGGACAGGAUGCAGCCACUGCUAUCGCCGAAGCCACUGCCAAUUCGGGGGGAGGCACCGCUGCUGCCACUGCCGCUGCUGCCGCGGCCGCCGGGGGAGGGAAUGCCAAGGAUGUCGCCGUCGUGGCCGCCGCCGUCGCUGCGGCUGUCUCAGGUGCUAAUGGAAGGGAUGUCGCUGCGGCUGCUGCGGCGGCCAACUCCGCCGCCGGCGGAGGGAGUGCUGCUGCUGCUUCCGCCCAGGCCGUUGCCUCCGCUGGAGCGAGCGGAUGGAAUGUCGCCGCGGUUGCCGCCGCCGCCGCCUCCGCCUCCUCCGGCGCCAGUGGAGCGGACACCGCCUCCGCCGCUGCUGCUGCCGCCGUCGGCACCUGUGGCGGGGGUGUUUCCGCCGCCGCCGCCGCCGCUGUCGCAUCCGCGGGGGGUAACGGAACGGAAGUCGUCGCCGUUGCCGCCGCCGCCGCUGUCGCUGCCGCUGGUGCGAGUGGAAACGCUACCGCCGCCGCCGUGGCUGCUGUCUCCUCCGCCUCUGGUGGACAGGGUGCCGCCGCCGCUGCCGCUGCCGCCGCCGCCGCCAAAGGGGCGAAUGGAGCGAACACCGCCGCCGCCGCUGCCGCCGCGGUCGCCGCCGCCUCUGGUGCCAGUGCCGCGAAUACCGCCGCGGUCGCCGUCAGUGUCGCCGCCAGUAGUGGUGGUGCAUGGAACGACGCCGCUGUUGCUGCGAAUGAUACUGCCGCUCAUAAUGCUACGGCACAAAAUGUCGCCGCCGCUGCUGCGUCUUCUACCGGGAAAGGAGGUAUCGGCGCGGUGGGCACCAAUAGCACUGGGAGUGGCACCAACAGCACCACCAGCUCUCGGCUCUUGAAACGAUACUUUCAUCCGAGUCGGGCCAGCGAGUUCAUUGACAGGGCCAAACUUGGCUUGUCUGUGUAG